AUGAAAAUGCAAGGGGAGCUAGAGGAGGAGCAAGCACUCAACAAGGCUUUACGUGGUAUACUUCGUGGACCAGUCAUGUCUCAGCCUCGUCUCUCUUUACUGCUUCUUCCUCCUGAGGUUCAAGAUAUAAUAGAGGAGCUUGCUAUGGUUGAGGCAGAGAUAACCUGCCUCGAGAAACAAAUCCAAGACCUGAAACAUGAUGUGUAUAGUGAGAGGAAAGUGAAUCAAGAACUUGAAGCCAAAUAUGAUGAAAGAGAAGAGAGGAUGAUGAUGAUGACUACUCCUAAGAAACUUCUACAAAGGCAGAAUCAACUUCCUUGGGAACCUAACAGUGACAUUCCAAAGAUGAGAUCUAAGGAUCUAAAACAAAGAUCCAAGUUACAGAGUUGUGAAGAUCCUCAUGGUUUCAAGGAUAUCCAAAUGAGCAAUCCCUUCUCACCAAGACACAGUUCUUCGACUUUUCCAAGAAUGCAAGAUAGCAAGAACGUUCAAAUGAGCAAUCCCUUCUCACCAAGACACCGUUCUUCGACUUUUUCAAGAAUGCAAGAUAGCAAUAAAGGGCAAGAGACGACACCAAAUGGAGUAUCAGAAGAUCUGUUGAAGUGCUUGAUGGGAAUCUAUUUGGAACUCAACAAGUCAUCGCGAGAGAGAGAAGGGUCAAGAACGGUUUCAAAGCUGAGCCUCUCACACCUGAAGAACGCUUCUUUCAAACGCAAAUCUGUGUAUGGGCAGAACGCAUCAAAUCUUGAUCCUUAUGGAGUUGUGAUGGGGACUUGUAUCAGAGACAUUGGAGAGUACAAGAACUUCAUCCACAUCACUCGAACUUGCAUUGAUGUUAGCCGUCUAUCUGAUUGCUCAACUUCUCUUGUCAAUCUAAGGGUUUUGAAGGAGAAGUUGAGCAAAGUGGAUCUGAGUUUCUUGAAUCACAAGAAAAAGAUGACAUUCUGGAUCAAUACCUACAACGCAUGCGUCAUGAAUGGAUUUUUGGAACAUGGACUACCUUCAUCAAAGGAGAAACUACUGACCAUUCUCAAAAUGGCAACUAUUGACGUGGGAGGCACGCAACUAUCUGCCCUAGAUAUUGAAGGAUCCAUCUUGCAUAGUCCAUGCAAACCCUUGGAAGCUCUAAGUACUGAUGUACACAAACGGUACGGAUUCAGAUGCGUUGAACCGAACCUAAUGUUCGUGCUUUGUCGUGGAGAUUAAUGGUCUUCGCCUGCAUUGAGAGUCUAUGCAGCAGAAGAUGUGGUGAACGAACUAAUCAAAGCAAGAACCGAGUACUUAGAAGCCUCCAUAGGUAUCUCGGGGAGGAAAAAGAUUGUGAUUCCGAGAUUCUUGCACAAGCGUCUUCGUGAUUUCGCAGAUGAUGAAGGGACAUUAGUUGAGUGGAUAUGCAGGCAGCUACCACCAGGACAACGUUGCUUGCAGCUCAAGGAAACAGCAAUGGAGUGGCUGAAGAAGCAAAGUGAGUCGUCUUUGAACAAAUUAAUAGAAGUAAGGCCUCACGAAUACGAGUUUCGCUAUCUCUUACAUUUGUAA